AUGACAGAUCACACACCAGAUUCCCCCUCUUCUGGUCACAAUGAACCUAGAGAAAUGAAGCUUGAAUACAAAACUGAGAAAGACUUAGAUUCUUCAAGUGGCCCAAAAGAUGAAUUGGAAGAAGAAUAUAGUAUUUCCGAUGUCAUUUUUGACCUUGUCAGAAGUUCAACAAGUGAUAUCUCUCAUAAAGAUUCCCAAACCCUCAGAGAUGAAUGUAAGGAGAUUAAAGCAACCAGUGUCCCUUCCGAUGGAAAGAUCCAGUCUGCCAGCAGAAACGAAUGUUUUUAUGAGCUGGUGACUGCAGGUCGUUUCCACGGAAUCACAUCUUCUACUUUAGAUUUUAUCUAUACAACAUUGGACGAUAAAAACGUGUCUAAAAUGGAAAGAUCGGACAGGUUUUUUUCAGCUUUGGGAGAUGAGCUCUUCAAAGAAGAUGAGGAAGUGCUCUUUGAGAAGUUCCCUAAACUUCCUCUUGAAGUUCGAACAAUGAUCUGGGAGCAGGCUCUCCUAGAAGCAAAAGUUGUGCGCAUCGGUAUUGUGCCAACAGAACGCACAAUAGGACAUUGGCAAUACUGCUGGGGUGAUCUUGUACAAAUCGAUCAUCACGAACCGAUGCUACUCGAACGAAAUCACAUUCUCAAGACCCCUCCCUGUUCUCUUCUCUCCGUCAAUAGAGAAUCUCGAGAUCAAGCCUUACAAGUACAUGGUGUAUUCUGGGAACAGAAGCGCCCGUUUCAAGAAGCCGAGGAUGGUUAUGUUUCAAUCAAGCGCAUAUAUGUCAAUUGGGAAAUCGAUACCGUAUGGUUGGAUUACAACCUCUCCAUCGCGUGGCGUGAUAAUAUAAUGGAUCCAAGCGACAGAAAAAUCAUACCAAUGCCAGCAUACGAAGAAAUUCGUCGUCUAGCAAUACCAGCAGAAUCUAUCGAAUGGCCUUGUGAUAUGCACGCCUCAGAUACAGGAUUAGCAAUUGCAGAUUUCCCAGAUCUAGAGGAAUUGACUUUGCUAGUUCCUACAAAAGAGACAGCACUUGGUGCGGGUCUCGAGUCUUUUAUUGAUGACGAUGAAUACGACAUUGUUAUUGAGGAUUUCGAUAUGGAGGAACUGAGGGACUGUGUAUAUUGUGUCUUUCAGCACACCCUUGAGGAUUUUUAUUCUUCAGACAAGGAGGAAGAAAUCGCAGCGGGAUAUAUACGUGAUCUUUCCACCUGGGAAUGGCCAGAGGUUCAAUACAUGGAAGUUAGCACAAUUGAGAAGGAGAAAGUCAAAGUUAGAGUUAAAGCUUUACUUGACGUUCUGCCAGCGGAGGUCUAUGAAAAAGACGAUGAAGACACAGUCGGACGACGCCGUGCUCUCGACUUUGCUAAGGGUAUUACACUUUGGCGAAAUUUGCGGUAA